GUCAAUCACCGUGCUCUCAUGUGAUGGCUCUUGCCGGUGACGUGCCAGCCAUAUGGGCGCUGGCAUCACAGCCUUAGCUGGUAUGUAACCCCGUCCCCAUAGCUCACGGUUGCCAGACGCGCGCUCACGCACAAACGUAUACCAUCACACACGCAUACAUGUACCUACUUACUCACAUAUACACACACACACAGUAACGCCGAGAGGCACGUCCGUUCACUACCUCUGCUCAUUCGAGUGCGCACGCUGGGAGUGAAGCACCUCUAAACAACGGAAGAAGCCGCGCGCCGCCUGCACCUCUACACGCUGUCAAGGAGCGUUGGUUCGCUCACUCGUGCGGUCCCUGAAGAUGGUCUGAAACUCGAGCGCGUUUUUUCUCGUCCAUCCCCUGUCAAGAGCUCGUGACGAGAGCCACCAUGUUGACGAGGCUUUUCAGCGACCCCUCGCUGCUACCCGAUGUGCAGAAAUACUCCGGCUGGGCUGAGGACAGCGAAGGAGAUGACUCAAUCAUUAAAGAAGAGGACCAAGACACACAGGACGACAUGGAUGGGUCUGAUCUGAGAGGAGACAGUCGGACGCAAUCCGAGCACGCCGGAGAGGACGACGAAGUUGAUGAGGUGGAUGAAGAGGAUGACGGAGAGGAUACAGAGGGUGAUAGGCCCAAAAAAAGGGGCCCUAAGAAGCGCAAAAUGACCCCGGCCCGGAUCGAGCGCACCAAGGUGCGGCGGACAAAGGCCAACGCAAGGGAGCGGACUCGCAUGCACGACCUGAACUCCGCGCUCGACAAUCUGCGUAAAGUGGUGCCAUGCUACUCCAAAACACAAAAACUUUCAAAAAUCGAGACACUGCGGUUAGCCAAGAACUAUAUAUGGGCCCUUUCGGAGAUACUGCGCUCCGGGAAAAGGCCUGAUCUUGUGGCCUACGUCCAGACGCUGUGUAAGGGACUCUCCCAGCCCACGACCAAUCUCGUGGCAGGAUGCUUGCAGCUUAACUCCCGUAACUUCCUAACUGAGCAGCAGUGUCCGGACGGGGGCAGGUACGGGUCCGGCUCCCUCUCCAUGCAUUCCUACCAAUACCAGUGCGCGCGUCUCUCCAGCCCCCACUGCCCACCGGGCUCGAAUUCGCACCCGCUGAGGACGCACGGUUACUGCUCGGCCUACGACUCUGCGUACGGUGGGGGCGGAUCCCCGGAGUACAACAGCCCCGACUACGAGGGGCCGCUUAGCCCGCCUCUCUGCGUCAACGGGAACUUUUCCCUGAAACACCAAGGAUCUGCUUCCCCCGACAACGAGAGGUACCACUACUCUAUGCAUUACUCCGGCCUGCCGGGCUCCAGACCCAGCGGGGCCCACAACCUGGUGUUCGGCUCCUCUGGGCCCCGGAGCGGCAUUCACUCUGAAAACGCCCUGCCUUACCACGACAUGCACUUACACCACGAACGGGCCCCUGUGUACGAUGAACUGAACGCGUUUUUUCACAAUUAGAGCCAGAAGCCUGUUGUGCGUCUCCUGCAAUCAACAAUGUAACACUGCACACUUUUAACAAGCUGAAAUUCUGCAGAGAGGUUUAACUCGUUGUCAUCAGUGUUUUCCAUGUAUUCCGUGUCUAAUUUUUAUUUUUGGCUUUAGUAAGCGAUGUAGUGGAGGGAAAUCCAUCACAAACUUAUUAUCAGCGAUUUCACCACCUUUUAGGCUGAAAUGAAACUCUAAAAGAAAAUGUGAUGCCAACACACAAUGGAAUUUCAAAAUAUCAUUUAAGAAAUAAAAAAUAAGGUGCGAUUUGUGUUUGUAUCGGUGGUGGUUUGCAUUUUGAAGACUGAGAGUCAAAGUGAAACCACUUUUUAAUUAGCCACAUACAUCACUGGCGUCAGUUUACAUUGGUGGAGGUUUUUGUAAUAAUGUAAACUUAAAAAUAAAUCAGUGAACUAACUCGUGAGAAUUACAUGUAUUAGGUUUCUUAUGUGUGUAAAAGAUUUGGGAGGUGUUGAAAAGAUGCAAUCUCAAGAAAUGCAGAGUGAAAUGCUGAACCGAAAAGUGCUCGCCGGUUUGUUCUAGAAGAUUCUGAGAUUCUGUUCUCCGGCAAAAUCAAUCGUUUCGCAUCUAUGCAAAUCCCAACAAGAGCACAGCACGAGGCAGCAAGGUCCGAAAGACUCUAUGUUUCAUCAGCACAGGCUGCACGCACUCACACACACACACACACACACACACACACACACACACACACACACACACACACACACACACACACACACACACACACACACACACACACACACACACACACACACACACACACACACACACACACACACACACUCUAACCCAACGAAUCUGAAUUCCUGGGCAGCCAAUUGGAUUAACGCCC